GUGAUGAGUGGCCGAUAUCUUUUGGGAAAGACGGCAAAAAAAGAAGAUGAAGAUGAAGUUAUGCCUCAGCAAUCAAAACGGGCACAAGAAGCUAAAAAGUCUGCAAAGAAGUCCAAGAAAAAAGGGUCAAAGAAGUCUUCAAAGAAAGUAGCAAAGAGGCCAGUUGCCAAGACAGCCAGUACGCCCCCGACAAAACGGCCGGUGAAGAAAACCAAGGCAAGAAAGUGAAAUUAAAAAUAUGGUAUAUAUAUAUAUUUUUUAAUUGAUUUAUAUUUGAUGGCUUAUACUCAUCUUCCAUUAUCAUACAAUUAUGCAGCUGCUCAGCAAUGUGCAUUUAGAUUCUCAUUUUUUAACAUUUAUUUUUUUUUAAUUGGCAUGGUAGCCAAUAAUUGUAUGCUUACCAUAAUUGCUACAGCCUAUUCCAUUUUGUGAUAGUGGAACCAAAUGAAUACAGGCUUAUAUUCACUUAAUGUAGUUGACAGAAUAUAAAAUUGCUUUUUUUUUUUA